AUGUUAUCCUCGAGCUUCAAAAGAGUCGAAAAUGGAUCGAUUACUGCGUCGUGGCCCAGGGCCAGCGAGUACAGCGACGGCGAUGGACGUGCAUUAAAACUCCCUCAGAACGUGGAGGACACGCUGGCCAAAGUUUUGCCCUCGGAGGACCUGCUGGACCGACCUGAGUUCGAUGCGCGCGAGUUCAUCAACCGAAACUUUCCGGACGAGCAGAGUCUGGGGGACAUUGGUGACUUUGUGAGCGGUCUCCGCGGGCGUAUGAAGGAGCUCGACGACUCGCUGUCUCAGGCGUCACAAGACCAGAGUUUAGCGGCGCAUCAGGCGCUUCUGGAUCUGAAGGAAGCGAAAACGGCGAGUCAGCAGCUUUUCCACAAGAUCCACGAUAUCCGAGGUAAGGCAGAGCAGUCCGAGGUCAUGGUGCAGGAGAUCUGUCGCGACAUCAAGCAGCUCGACUAUGCUAAGCGCCAUCUGCAGACCACGCUCACGGCGCUAAAGCGGCUGCACAUGCUGGUUAAUGCCGUUGAUCAGCUAGAGUUUAUGUCCUCGCAACGUAAUUAUCGCGAGGCCGCAUCUUUGCUCGAAGCUGUCAACCAACUCUUCACGCACUUCGACGGCUACACAAACGCCAGACAAUUUCCAUCCGAAGAAGAACGACAAGCUGUCUUUGCCAACCUCUCGGCUGCGUGUGUCGAUGCCUUGGGCAAAGCAACCAGAGAGAAACUGGUCCAUUUAUUUUGUGACGAACAGUUGAUGUCCUACGAGAGACUUUACGGGGACGGGGGAGAGUGCGCUAGGUUGCACCAGGCUGAAACGAGAUACACGUGGUUCUACAAUCUCCUCUCUGCCAUCGACGAUCGCUUGAACGCUAUUUCCCAAAGCAUUGGCGAAUGGCUCGACGGAUCACACACUCCAGACGAGAUGGACGUGACUUUGCUGCUGAAGUCUCUACAACGAACGCUCAUGUUUGAACGUGACGCAGCACAGCGCUUCGAAGGGAUGGCCGAUGAAGAAGAGCUUCAGAAAGUGGAACUGGACGAGAACGGCGAUGCCAUUGACCCACAUUCCGCUGAAGGAAUCAAGAGAAAACAUCGUCGUAAGAAGCGUGAGGCGGAGCGUAAGGCGCUAGAAGAAGAAAUGGAGAAGAACGGUGAGCUCACGGACGACAAUAACCAGGGCUUGCCGACUAUUCGGGGAAUGAUAUCUCGUUCAUUUGACCCGUUCAUGACGGCGUAUGUAGCACUGGAGCGUAAGAACAUGGAGCAGAUGAUCAACGAGGUGAUGAGCGCCGAGUUGGUGGAUCGGAACGGCCAGCUGCCAGUGUUCUCGAGCUCCGUGAACAUGUUUGCCUACAUUCGCAAUUCAAUUAAACGAUGUACGGCCCUGACAAACGGCCAGACGUUCUUUGACCUCCAGAACGAGUUCAAACACUGCUUUCAGCUCUACUCGCAACGACUUCUCGCGAAACUCCCUGCUGCCUCGACUGGGCCAUCAGGCGGUCUGGAUUCUUCAAGCAGUGGUGCGGGCAACAAGGUCAAAUUGAGCGAUAAACAGGAAGAGGAACUAUGUUUCGUAAUCAACACGGCCGAGUACUGCGCUGAGACGCUGCCAUCUCUGGAGGAAGUAAUUCGAGCGAAGAUUGACAAGGCGUUCAGUGAAGCCAUUGAGUUAUCACAAGAGAUCGAUACGUUCCACGACGUGGGCGCCGCAGCUAUGAAGUGUAUCGUUGCUGGAUUGGAGACGUCGCUGGAUGACGAUUUGAACGCACUCCACAAGGCCAACUGGCAGACAUGGGAAGCCGUGGGCGACGAGAGUUUGUACGUUACGCAAAUGGGCGAGAAGCUGCAGACGUUUGUGCCGGUGUUGCGCCAAAUGCUGUCUGGACUGUACUUUACCAACUUUUGCGAUAAGUUCGCGGCGUCCUUCGUGCCCAAGAUCUUGCAGGCCGUGUUCAAGUGCCGAAGGAUGAACCAGGUAGCAACGCAGCAACUUCUUCUUGACGUGUACGCUCUCAAGACGUUGUUCCUUCAACUGCCAGUGCUGAACAACGACGGCUUCCAAUCCUCUUCCACCUCAACGAGCUCAGCGACGAUCCCGUCGCGUUACACCAAGUUCGUCUCGAACGAGAUGGCGACGGUGGAAAACGUGCUGAAGCUAAUUGGCACUCCGAACGAAAUGCUUGUCGAGAGCUUCAAGAUCAUGUGGCCUGAGGGUUCUGCGGAGGAUUUUCAGAAUAUUAUGGCUGUGAAAGGGCUCAAGAAGAGUGAGCUGGCGGCGUAUCUCGAGACAUUGGGGAUGCAGCGCAAGCCCACGGGUAAGAUCGCGGAAAUGGAGGGCAAGAUGAGCGACAUGACGGAGAACUGGAAGAAAAACAUGCAGAACUUUGCCAAGGUGCCUUUCACAUUCACGGGCGGAAUGAACACCAAUGCACAUCAACAGGGCUAG